AUGAAUGGACCCACACGAAAAUCGACCUAUAUUGUCUCAAUUACACCAUAUUCAAGUAUGAUAAUCAUCGUAAGUGCUGCUUUAGUACCUACCGAAAACGGUUCCUAUCGUCAAUUUUCAACGAUGUUUGGCACUAGGAAGUUGAUACAACUCUUACUUUUUAGCUAUUUACUUCAUUUUGCCAUCGCCGUAUUUCAACCGUUUCAACCCAAAACAUGUCUUGAAAUAGCAAAACAUAACGCAAAUCGUGGCAAGCGCGCAAUCGAAUAUAAUGAUAAAAGUAGUGACUCUGCUCUUAGAAACGGUAUCUAUUGGAGUGAUAAAGAUAAAAAAUAUCUAGACAGUUUUGAUCAUGUUUUUACUGCGAAAUAUCCCAUCGGAGGACGACCACCACAACUUGUUAGCAAUCCUGAAGGUUGGACUGGAAACUCCCGGCCUUAUAUAGAUAGCUAUGAGCAAGUUUCCACCGAGAAAAAACCUGGCCUAAAACCACAGGCAGAUUUUAGUCAACUAAAGGGUUGGUCAAAAAGCGGUAAAUUUUUUCUAGAUAAAUACGAUCAUGUCUUUACUGAGAAGAAACCUGGUGUAAAGCCACGACCAGAUUUUAGUCAAUUUCAUGGUUGGACGGCAGACGGUUUACCUGGUCUAGGAGUUGGUGGUCAAUGGGGAGGCAAAAAACCCUACGUAGAUGGUCUUACACCAGGUAACUGGCCGAAUCACGGUGGAGAUGGCGUUCGUAAGCCAACACAAUCAGGUUGGGCACAUGGAAAACCACCGUACGUUGAUGGUCUUAGUGGAGGAGGAAGCUGGUGGAAUAAUGGCGGACAAGGUAAUCAUAAACCAACACAAUCGGGAUCAGGUUCGGGGUCAGGAUCAGGAUCAGGAUCAGGUUCUGGAUCAGGUUCUGGUUGGGGAUUUGGUACUCAUAAACCGUCGCAUAAGCCAAAUGCAACAGGAUCAGGAUCAGGUUCAGGUUGGGGUUCCGGCACAAGUAAACCGACUGGAUCAUCAGGAUCAGGCUCGGGUUGGGGUUCUGGUACAAGUAAACCGACUGGAUCCUCAGGCUGGGGAUUUGGCAGUAAUAAACCCACAGGAUCAGGAUCAGGCUGGGGUUCUGGCACAAGUAAACCGACUGGAUCAGGCUCCGGCUCAGGUUGGGGAUUUGGUACUAAUAAACCUACAGGAUCAGGAUCGAGCUCAGGCUCAGGCUGGGGAUUUGGUACUAAUAAACCUACAGGAUCAGGCUCAGGUUGGGGUUCUGGCACAAGUAAACCGACUGGAUCCUCAGGAUCAGGCUCAGGCUGGGGAUUUGGUACUAAUAAACCUACAGGAUCAGGAUCAGGAUCAGGUUGGGGUUCUGGCACAAGUAAACCGACUGGAUCUUCAGGAUCAGGCUCAGGCUGGGGAUUUGGUACUAAUAAGCCUACAGGGUCAGGAUCAAGCUCAGGCUCAGGCUGGGGUUCUGGCACAAGUAAACCGACUGGAGCUUCAGGAUCAGGCUCAGGCUGGGGAUUUGGUACUAAUAAACCUACAGGAUCAGGAUCAAGCUCAGGCUCAGGCUCAGGCUGGGGUUCUGGUACAAGUAAACCGACUGGAUCUUCAGGAUCAGGCUCAGGCUCAGGCUGGGGAUUUGGUACUAAUAAACCUACAGGAUCAGGAUCAGGCUCAGGCUCAGGCUGGGGUUCUGGCACAAGUAAACCGACUGGAUCAUCAAGCUCAGGCUCAGGCUGGGGAUUUGGUACUAAUAAACCUACAGGAUCAGGCUCAGGUUGGGGUUCUGGCACAAGUAAACCGACUGGAUCUUCAGGAUCAGGCUCAGGUUGGGAACUUGGUACUAAUAAACCUACAGGAUCAGGAUCAAGUUCAGGCUCAGGCUCAGGCUGGGGUUCUGGCACAAGUAAACCGACUGGAUCAUCAGGAUCAGGCUCAGGCUCAGGCUCAGGUUGGGGUUCUGGCACAAGUAAACCGACUGGAUCUUCAGGAUCAGGCUCAGGCUGGGGAUUUGGUACUAAUAAACCUACAGGAUCAGACUCAGGUUGGGGUUCUGGCACAAGUAAACCUACUGGAUCAUCAGGAUCAGGCUCAGGUUGGGGUUCUGGCACAAGUAAACCGACUGGAUCUUCAGGAUCAGGCUCAGACUGGGGAUUUGGCACUAAUAAACCUACAGGAUCAGGCUCAGGUCCAGGUUGGGGUUCUGGCACAAACAAACCGACUGGAUCUUCAGGAUCAGGUUCAGGCUCAGGUUGGGGUUCUGGUACAAGUAAGCCGACUGGAUCAGGAUCAGGCUCAGGUUGGGGUUCUGGCACAAGUAAACCGACUGGAUCUUCCGGAUCAGGUUCGGGCUGGGGUUUUGGUACUAAUAAACCUACAGGAUCUGGCUCAGGUUCAGGUUCAGGUUGGGGUUCUGGCACAAGUAAACCGACUGGAUCUUCAGGAUCAGGCUCAGGCUCAGGUUGGGAUUCUGGCACAAGUAAACCGACUGGAUCAUCAGGCUCAGACUCAGGUUGGGGUUCUAGCACAAGUAAACCGACUGGAUCAUCAGGCUCAGGCUCAGGUUGGGGUUCUGGUACAAGUAAUCCGACUGGAUCAUCAGGAUCAGGCUCAGGCUGGGGAUUUGGUACUAAUAAACCUACAGGAUCAGGAUCAGGCUCCGGUUGGGGUUCUGGCACAAGUAAACCGACUGGAUCUUCAGGGUCAGGCUCAGGCUCAGGUUGGGGUUCUGGCACAAGUAAACCGACUGGAUCUUCAGGAUCAGGCUCAGGUUGGGGUUCUGGUACUAGCAAUCCGACUGGAUCAUCAGGAUCAGGUUCAGGCUCAGGCUCUGGUUGGGAUUCUGGUACAAGUAAACCAACUGGAUCAUCAAGCUCAGGCUCAGGCUGGGGUUCUGGCACAAGUAAGCCAACUGGAUCUUCAGGAUCAGGCUCAGGUUGGGGUUUUGGCACGAGUAAACCAACUGGAUCAUCAGGAUCAGGAUCUAGCUCAGGCUCAGGCUCAGGUUGGGGUUCUGGCACAAGUAAACCGACUGGAUCAUCAGGAUCAGGCUCAGGUUGGGGUUCUGGCACGAGUAAACCGACCGGAUCAUCAGGCUCAGGCUCAGGCUCAGGUUGGGGUUCUGACACAAGUAAACCAACUGGAUCAUCAGGAUCUGGCUCAGGCUGGGGAUUUGGUACUAGUAAACCUACAGGAUCAGGCUCAGAUUGGGGUUCUGGCACAAGUAAGCCGACUGGAUCAUCAGGAUCAGGCUCAAAUUUGGGAACUGCAUCAUCAGGCUCAGGAGGGAGUCAAAUUAAAAAUAAUAAUGGAUACUAUACAUUAUAUGAUGCUGGGAAUUUGCCUUACAUGGCGUACUGUGACUUCAAAUCUGAUAAUAACUAUGUUUGGACUUUGAUAACAUCGUUCUCUCGCGAAAAUGGAAAUCAUGCUGCUUUGUCACCAUAUGGUAAACCAUUCCGAAAGCCGCUCUCGCAAAAUUUUCCUAGCUACGAAAAUCAAGCGGAUAAUUGGAAUAAAUUACGUUUUGACCUUCCUAGAAUGAACUUAAUUAAAACACAUUCCACACACUGGCGUGCAACUUGUAAUUUCCAACAAACCGAAAUAUUAGCAAAUCACAAAGAUUAUGUACGAGGAGCCCUUAAGACGCUGGAUAUAAUUACUGCGCUUGGCAAUAAGUGCGCUGCAGUAGAAUAUUUUAAUGUUGAUGGUAAAGGUUGUAGUAACUGCAAGAUACCCGUUUCGACUAUACAGGAUAGUCUCUUUGGGGGUAACAGGAUGCCUUAUGUCCCUGUAAAGCAUUUUUCUAAGUGUGGCACUCCAAUUGCUAUUACGGACAACACUGAAAAUCUGUUUGGUAAUUACGAUGGAAAGUCUCAUACCUUUUCCUGCUCCAAAGCUAGCACUUCUACUACAAAUUGGUGGUUAGGUGGACGUAUCUAA